AUGUGCAGCCUGGCUGCGCUGGCGCGUGGCUGCCGGCCAGCUGCCAAGCCCUGCUGCCUCUGCUGGUGUUGCUGCUGCUCUUGCUCUUGGGCUAAGUGCGUGGCGGAGCGCGGCUCUGAUCGUGGGCCCGGCAAGAAGCCGCGCCGGCCCGGCCCGCACGAGCCGCUGCUGGUCGACGGAGACGCGCCACCCACGUUGGAGGAAAUUCAGAGUUGGGGCCAGUCUUUUGAUCGCCUCAUGCGCAGUGCAGCCGGGCGCAAGGUGUUCCGCGACUUCCUGCGCGGCGAGUACUCCGAGGAGAAUAUUAUGUUCUGGCUGGCGUGCGAGGAGCUGAAGCGCGAGACCGACCCUGACGCGAUUGAGGAGAAGGCGCGAUUCAUCUACGAGGAUUAUAUCUCUAUUUUAUCUCCCAAGGAGGUGUCCCUGGACUCGCGGGUCCGCGAGACGGUGAACCGGAACAUGGUGGAGCCCACACCGCACACGUUCGACGAGGCGCAGCUGCAGAUCUACACGCUCAUGCACCGCGACUCGUACCCGCGCUUCGUCAACUCCCCGCUGUACAAGGCGCUCGCGCGGCUGUCCGCGGGCUCCCCGGCCGCCGCCGCCGCCGCCGCCGCCGCCGCUGCCGCCUCCCCGCCGGCCACUGACGCACAGUGA